AUGACAGACAAACAAGAUGGCCCUAGAUAUCCUGUCGUCACGGGCCUGGAAUUCUAUUCCACCGACGGCGGGUCCAAGCCACCAAAAACAACAGCACUCCGAGAAAUAGACAUCGAAGACUGGUCUUCGUCUCCUUCCGACGCAGCGAUGAAGAUCCUCUCCAUACGACUCGACUCUACGCAACGACAUCCCCGACGCGGAUUCAGUGUCCCAUUCUCGCCGAAAAUCGUUGAAACAGCAAUCUGGCGGCCAGAGGUUUACUACAACCUCGCUCAAAACCCAGGUGGAGGAGCCGCUGGCUUAAUCGAUGAACCUCCAAGAUUCAUACUCCAGACUCCGAGCGAUCACGAGCCGUUCUGCUCGCUCGCAAUGUCGAAGAAAGGGACGGUCGUGAAGGGUAUAUAUUCCUACACAAACGACAGCUUCGAACCCACCUCCAUCCUCGCAGAAGAACUCAGUCCCUCCAGCUGGCGACAGUCCGGACUACAGAUCAUCAACCUCCCCCAAGCGAUUCUACGCCAACAUUCCAACCACAUCUCCAACAAACUCACGCACCUCCUCGACCAAAUCGAACACGUAGAGAGCACCCUCGCAACCGCCACCACAACGCAGUCUUUCUCCCCUCUAAUCACCACCCUCCACACUAGCCACCUCGCCCACCUCGCCCUCCAACGCCGCUCCCGCUUCGAGUCAACCCUCCUCUCCGCCAUCUCCACCCUCGUCUCGCAUUCCAAACACGCCCAAACCCCCUGGCCCGCCCUCUCCCCACAAACCUCCGCCCUCGAAGCCCGCGCCUUCGAUCUCGACUUCCUGCCCGGAAGAAUCUCCAACGCCCGCGCCACCAUAAGCGCCCUAAUCCAACACCGCAACGAAGAGCGAAACCUCGAAAUCGCCGAAGCGUCCCGCCGCAUGGCGGCGUUCGCGUUGAGUGAUAAUGCGAGCAUGAAGACGAUUGCGAUCAUGACGAUGGUGUUCCUGCCCGGGACGGCGGUGGCGAGUUUUUUCAGUAUGAGUAUGUUUGAUUGGGGAGCGCAAGGGGGUGGAGAGAUUGCGAGUCGGUGGUUGUGGGUGUUUUUUGUGGUGGCGGUGCCUUUGAGUGCGGCUGUGGUUGGGGUUUGGUGGGUUUGGACGGGGAGGAUGAGGAGGGGGUUGGAUGGGCGGGAGUGGGUUGGGAAGAUUGGUCAGGAAUCAGGGGAGAGGAAUGAUGAAUUUGAGUUGCGGAUGCAGCAGGAACAGGUUGUGUCUGUGUUGAAAUGA